CGGGAUGGAGGGGCCGGCGGCGGGCCCGGGGGGAGCCGAGCGCUACUUUACGCGCUGGUAUAAACCAGACGUGAAGGGGCGGCCGUGCGAGGACUUCUGCGUGCUGCAGCACUCCAACAGAAUCUGUGUCAUCACCUUGGCAGAAGCCCAUCCUCUUCUUCAAAGUGGGAAAACAAUUAAAAGCAUAAAUUACCAAAUCAGUGCCAACUGUAGCAGACUUCAGAAUAAGGUCUCUGGGAAGUCCAAAAGGGGAGCUCAGUUUUUAACAGAACUUGCCCCUCUGUGCAGGAUAUCUUCAUCAGAUGGAGAGGAAUACACCAUUUACAGCUGUAUACGAGGGCGGCUGAUAGAAGUGAAUGAAAACAUUCUUAGUAACCCCGCUCUUCUGCAAGAAAAGCCGUCAACCGAGGGGUACAUUGCAGUGGUUCUACCCAAAUUUGAAGAAAGCAAGAGCAUAACUCAAGGACUUCUGACGCAGAAGGAGUACGAGGAAAUUUUGUUGAAACGCCGUAAUUCUUCUUCAUGAAAUCAGUUCUACACUUAUCAUCUGUACUUGAUACUAAACAAGCUACUUCUACUGUACACUGUGAGUUUUGUAGUAUUGAAAGGCCUAGUGUCAGUUUUUAAAAGUUGAACUCAACUGCUUGAUUCAUACAAGAAUAAACCAGUUCGAAUACUUUGUAUAUUAAAA